UCAUUGUAUGUUAUUGUAUUGUAUUUUCAAUUUUCGUCUACCAUUUUACCUAUUUCAUUGUUAUUAAAUAUUUUUUUCGCAGUUUCUAAAUCUUUCUUUGUUUAAUGACAGUGAACAGAAUGAAACGUUUAUGAAACUUAUACAAAACAUUUGGACGUUCCCUUAUCAUUUUCAAAAUUAUAUCUAAUUACUGUGUAUUAUUUUUCUAUAAUUCCAUGUGUUAUUUUUAUUAUUAAAUAAUGGGCAAUCAACUAGUAGGUGUUGCUCCGUCACAAAUAUACCCGGUGGAACAUUAUCUAAAUGACCAUGUGGACUUAAAGUUUGAUAUAAGUUUGGGAUCCACAAGGUUUCUCAAAGUGGCGCGAGCUCGCUCACAAGAAGGACUUGUUGUGGUGAAAGUAUUUGCUGUACAUGAUCCAUCACUUCCUUUGGCUGAACACAAAGAAAGAAUAUUAAAAAUAAAAGAACAACUUGCAUCUGCUUUUAAUUGUUUACCAUUCCAGAGAGUUGUGCUCACUGACAAAGCAGGUUUAUUAAUGCGAGAGUAUUGUAAAUACAGUGUUUAUGAUCGUAUGUCAACAAGGCCAUUCCUGACAGUGCUGGAGAAGAAAUGGAUAACUUUCCAAGUGUUGUAUGCUUUGCAUCGUAUGCAUAAGCUGGGUAUAUGCCAUGGGGAUAUUAAGCUGGAAAAUAUAAUGGUCACAUCCUGGCUGUGGGUGUUACUAACUGAUAUUGCAUCCUUCAAACCCACAUUUUUACCUGAUGACAACCCAGCAGACUUCAGUUACUUCUUUGACACAUCUCGCCGGAGGCUAUGUUACGUAGCUCCGGAGAGAUUCGUUCGGGCUCCAGAUCCACAUAACAGGACUGUGGGAGAUGAUAAAGCCGGUGGUUUUUUGUUGAACGAGUCUCCAUGCAAAGUUGGUGAACUGGUCCCGAGCAUGGAUAUAUUUUCAGCUGGUUGUGCACUUUUAGAGCUCUGGAACGAUGGAACCCCAGCACUAGAUUUACCAGGUCUACUGGCGUACCGAAGCGGUGAAGAGCGACCCAGCACAAUGACCUUGAAAGAAGGAGCCGAUCCCCGGCUGCGUGAUUUAUUGCACUCGAUGACAGAACGGAAUCCUAAGGACAGGAGAAGUGCAGAAUUGUACUUAGACGAAGCACGUGGCAGGCUCUUCCCAGAAUACUUCUACUCGUUUCUCCAAUCGUACAUGUUGAUAUUCUCAGCUCAACCAAUUCUACCGCCAGACGAGAAAAUACUCCGCAUCCACCAGGAUAUCAGAAAUAUCAUAAAGAUUUUCACUCAGCCAUCAGACACUAAAAACUAUAGAGAUUUAGUGGACGAAACGACAGACAAUCACACCACAGACAAUAUAGAGACGUUAAGGAAAGAUGGCUUUAAAGUGAUGACUGUUAAUGUCGGUGAAUGCGACGAUGAAGAUGAUAAAAGGGAAGGAGACACGGCUCAAGAUAGCGAGGGUUUGAUAUUGAUAACCUCGUUGGUAACAUCCUGUAUAAGGGGGUUGCACCAUUGCACGUCGAAAUUGUACGCAUUGGAGAUACUACAGUUGCUGUGUGAAAAUUCUAGUUCUGAAAUAAUAUUGGAUAGAAUACUGCCUUACAUUAUCCACCUGUCGCACGACAAGGCGGCGCGCGUGCGUGCGGCCGGCGUGUGCGGCGCGGCGCGGUGCGUGCGCGCGGCGGCGGCGGCGGCGGCGGCGGCGGCGGCGGGCGGCGGCGGCGGCGCGGCCGCGCUGGCCUGCAACGUGUUCCCCGAGUACGUGCUGCCCGAGCUGGCGCCGCGCGCCGCCGAUCCCGCCGUGCCGGUGCGGAUCGCCUACGCCAACAACAUAGCAAAACUCGCGGAGACCGCAGUAAGAUUUCUCGACCAAACACAGAACAUGUUCGACAAAGAGGCCGCCAAUAUCAACUACGAGACUGAACUGUCCGCGUUACACGAAAUGGUACGCUCAACAGUUUUGUCUUUACUCACCGAUUCGCAAGCGGUCGUGAAACGAGCUCUGGUUGAUAACGGAAUAACUAAACUAUGCAUAUUCUUUGGGAAACAAAAAGCCAACGACGUGAUACUGUCGCACAUGGUGACGUUCCUAAAUGACAAGGAGGAGGUGGCGUUGCGAGAGUGUUUCUUCGAACGAGUGGUGGGAGUGGCGGCGUACGUGGGCCUCCACGCGGCGCCCAUACUCGUGCCUUUACUACAACAGGGCCUAACAGACCAGUCGGAGUGGAUUAUAGCGAAGGCGCUACGAGCUACCAGCAGCUUGGCGGAGUUGGGGCUAUUGCCGAAGCAAGCUCUCUGUGAUCUAGUGGCGGAGAGCGCGGUCUACCUUGCACAUCCUAAUUUAUGGAUACGCCACGAAGUGUGCGGGCUGGUGUCGUGCGUGGCCAGCCUGCUGAACCCGAUCGACGUCAACUGCAAAAUACUGCCGCUGGUGUGGCCUCACCUCAAGCAUAAACUUAUACAAGUGGAGAGGGCCGAGCUGGUGCUGGAGAGUCUCGCGGAGCCGAUACCGCGGAAGGUUCUAGACGCCGUGCUGAGGCACGGAGACGUCGACCGGCUGGUGCAUACACUGCGAGACAGGAGGAAUGCAAGACUCAAGGUAAAACAGGGUACAAUGCCGCAGUAUUCGGAAAUGGGGCAGCAGUUGAGAAAUCUAUUCAGAAGGCUUGCUUCUGAUGGUAUGACGGAGCACGUUGAAAAUCAAUUGUUGGCAAUGAGCGCCCACCUUAUCAAGAUUCAGGGAUCGUCUACGCAGCACAUAACAGAGGCACCUGGUCGACUGGUUCUCAAAGACAAGAGUAUAUCAAGGGCGGUACAGCUGGAUUCGGGCGCUACAGAGGUCGCACUAGCCGCCGACAAGUUAUACGCCUCGCAUACCAACAGACGGAUGCUGAAGUCAGCAGCGCCUCACGAGACCCACAUGAACACAGAAUGGCAGCAUAUGUUUGGACAGUCACAAGACCAGCACAAUAUGAGAGGAUCGUCAGAAGCGGUGGGCCAAUCCCUGAUGGGGGGUAGUGCGAGUGGGGCGGUGGUGGGCGGCAGCCUGGCUGCCGCGCCGCCCGGCCCCGCGCCCGCCGCGCACUCGCAGCUGGGGCAGAGCGCUAGCUACGUGCAAUACAGCAUGGCUCCGUGUCGUGUAGAACUGAGGAACCUAACAGCACGGAUGCAGCAAAAGUACCAAAAAUCCUUGAGGAGCCACGACGACCCAUCGGACAACAGCGAGGAGAUCGUCCCGCCCGCCAUGUGGCGAUCCGGCAAUCAGCUGCUGGCUUAUUUGCAUGAACACAGGGCCCGCGUGAACCAGCUGGUGACGCUGCCCGCGCACAAGAACCUGUUCGGCUCGUGCUCCGACGACGGCUCCGUGCGGCUGUGGGACGCGGCCAAGCUGCAGGGCCACGCGUACGUCAACAAGUCUAAGUCGAUGUACAACCGCGCUGCUGGCCCCGUGGUGGCGCUGGCGGCGUGCGAGGGCGGACACUCGCUCGUCGCCGCCACUCAGGAGGGCUCUAUAUUCGUGCUCAGACAAGAGAGCGGCUCCUCGCGGAUGACGCUGUCCCAGUGUCGACAGUUAGAGCCAAGCGUGGAAGGCGGCUGCGUGGCGGUGGCCUGCGCGGGCGGGGUCCACUCAGGCGUUAUAUCCUACGCCACGCUACUCGCCACCAUCGUUGGAUGGGACCUACGCGCGCCGGGCAACGCGUGGAAGCUUCAAGGUGACCUGAAGCAAGGAGUGUACACGUGCUUGUACGCGAACAGUUCGGGAUACCUCGCAGUAGGGACCUCUACCGGCGCGAUAUGCGUAUGGGACCUCAGGUUUCAACUGCCCAUCACGUCGGUCAAACAUCCCAAUUCGGAGCGCGUGCGGCGUAUAGUGGGUUGCGGGCGGCGGUCGUCGCGGAUUUGGGCGGCGGGCGCGCGGGACGCGGGCGCCUGGUGCCUCGAGUCCACGCAGCGCACGCACGCGCUGUGGCCCAGCACCAACGCACCGCAGCCGCUGCACUACGCGCAGCCGGUGUCGCACUACACAAGCGCAGCUUUCUAUGGGUCGCGCGACGGCAACCAGUUCCUGAUUACGGGUGGAUCCGACCAGCGCAUCCGGCACUGGGACCUCGAACACCCUGAGGACUCUUACGUCUUAGUGUACGCGCACUCCGACCAGCUGCGGCAUACGCCCAACGCUCUAAAGUACAGGAGUCGUAUUAUAGACGGUACAACGGUGAUACAGGAGUGCUGCAAAGUUAACGCCAGUUCGUCGCCGUCAUUUAUAGAGGACAACGUGUACAGAAGUGUGGAGUCACGCUCGUUCUACCAUACCGCGCCCAUCACUGACGUCACUAUGGUGGAAGGCAGCAAGCAUUAUCUAGUCAGCUCGUCCGCGGAUGGAGUCAUUAAUGUUUGGAAAUAAUUCAGUAAACAAAAUUUCAUACCUGGAUAUACACAGCUUCAUCUAGUCCCAAAAUAAACUGUGCAUACUAGACGACUGAUAGGUAGUUAUACUUUCAUUAUUUUGUUAUAAUACAUAGUAAACGUCUAGAUCGAUACAAACAAAUAUACUUGUGAAUUACAAAUAUUUCGUAUUGUGCGAGGCUUGAGGCAGUAACUUUUAGGAAGGUAGGGAUUUUUUUAAAAAAAAUUAUUAUUAAAAAUUUCAUGCUAUAACUACCGGUUUAACUUAGAUGUUAUUAGGUUGAGAAAGUUCGACUAGUUUCGGGACCAAUUUGGGACCCUUAAUCUUUAGCGCCUGUGACGCGAGCUAAUUACACGUAAGUUAAACCGUUAGUUUACCGGUAGUUACAUUCAAGUAUUUAUUAAUUAGUUCGAAAAUCCUAGUCCCGGACCCUAUUUAAAUUUUUUUUUUAAUUAAUGAUAAUGGAAUCAAGAAUACACUGGAGAAUUAACCAUUAUAGUUUUCAGAUAGAGCCGCGUGGAGGUCCACUUGAUAGCGUAUAUUGCUAACAAUGGGGUUAUUAGACCCUAUUUCUAACGAUCCCAUUCUCCCCCGCUCACAUCACUUUCAUUCAUAUUGAACAUGUAUUUUAGAUAGAAAAAUUCCUCAAUCAACAGAAGUAAAUAAUACUCGAUUGUUUAUAUCUCUCACAGGUCACUUAGUGUGUGAUAUACCUUAUCAUCUUUUUCAAUGACCCAUUAUAUUGUUGGCCAUGUAGCGUAUGAAAGAAUUAAAUUAAUUUUUUACCAAGUACACUUUAAGCAUUUUAAAAUAAUUAUUUUUUUAUGAUUCUAACGCUCAUUUGGAAUGCAAUUUCAGCCGAGAGGAACUCUGCUUUCUUUUUUUUUCAAAAAUUAAAAUUUACUGGUUAUGAAUUUUUAUAAAUACAGUCUACAAGGUCAAAUAUCAAAUCAUAAAAAGUAAUUUAUUAACAUAAUAACCAAGUAACAAGUCAGUUUUAGUGAUCAGAAAAAAUUAGUCCUUACAAACUGAAACCGUUCAUGAGUAUGACUGAUGUGGGUUGUUAUUUACUUUCAAAAUGUCUUUUUUUUAUAUAAAAAUAAAUAAGCUCAUAACUAUAGUCUCUAAUUAGGUAGUUUUUUUUAACUUGUCACUUUUAGUAAACAAUCUUGGCGUGUAAAUUGUGUUAUUUAUUGAAACUACAAUACGAAAAAUAACCUAACAUUAUUUCUUUGUCUGUCUUAUUUUUUAAUUGCCAAUUUCGACAAAAAAUAUGCCAACAAUAUGUACCGCUAUUUAGUGGUUAACUUAUUAAAAUUGAUAUGAUAAUAAUCAUAAAGACAUUGCAAAUAAUUUGCAGAAAAGCUUCCUCGUUGGAAAUCAUAAAUAUGACAUAACAUUCAUCUAGUUUUAAAAACUUUGAUUAUUGUAUGCUGUGAUUUUAAUUAGCUAGCUACUUUUAACAAAUAGCAAGCAAAUCUUUAGGUAGGUAUAGAAUAAUAAGACGCUACACAUCAAUGUCUCGUUCUAUCUUAUACAUGUAGUAGUGAAAACGUCUCUAUCGACAGAUUCGUUUGCACGUUAUUGAUAUAUUGUUAAUAAUCGUAUGUUAGUAAUAUCUGUAGGUAGUUUAAUUUUUUUAUGAAACUAUCAAAUUUAUUAUGCCGUGUACAUUGUUAUGUAAAAAGAUUUGAUAUUUUGCCAUAAUAAAAGUGGUUAAAUAUGAAGGUUGAAUUUGAUUAAUUUUAGUAUUGACAGCAUAUGAUUUAUCCUUAGUGGAAACUCUGUAUAUGUUUAUUAUACAAUGUUUAAUGUAUUGUUCUUGUCUAUGGUCGCGCUCCAUCAGACAGGUCGUAAUUUAAUUUAUCAUUCUAAAUUUAAAAGACAUGUUUAUAUAAUUCAAACCCGUAUGUUCCUUAUUCAUUUGUGAUAAAACUUAAUGUGCAAUUAAGAAAAAUAAAAGCUUCUUUGUUGCAUGUAAUCUUUUUAUUAAAGCUGUCUUUGGGAUCGAUUCUGAUAUGUCAUUCUCUAUCUCUGAAACUCUGUUGUUUGAUAUUAGAGAUUUUUUUUAUUGGGUAAAAGGGGCGUUCAAGCAUUAGCUAACGCAAUUUUUAAAGAAUUUUUCCCCGCAGGUAAAAUCUUAAUUGAAUCAGAACUAUUUUAUAACUGUCAAUUUGAGUCUUACAGAUUUAAGGAAUGGGAUUUCUGAAUCGACUGCCUACAAUAUGUUUUUUGCAAUACAAUGUUGAUUUAUUAUUGUUUGAAAUCUGUAACUCUGUGUGUAGCAUGUGUUCAAUUUCUUAUGUGUAUAUAUAAAAAAAAUCGAGUAUUGAUUGAAAAUAUAGGUUUGAAAAUAAAAUGACUGAAGUUCCUGUAAAUAAAAUACUUUAUUUUCAAUAUUUUAGCUCAUUUUAGCUUUAUACUUAUAAAUUACAUAGUAGAUAUAUAAGAAUCUAUUUUUUAACAAUAAAUAUUACAAUGUUCUAA